UUGAGUCGGUCGAACUGUUACAUCAGUAGCACUUGCAUUAGUCAUUCACUUGUACCGUGGAUAACAACUAUACUAGUGUUUCAAUAGUCCAAAGUGUCUAUUAAAUAUUGACCAUUGAAAAUGUGGAAAGUAUAAGUGUUCGUUAAAAUUUUCUAAGUGAUUUUUUUUCCCUUUACCAAAUUUUCACUGAAAUGAUCUACCAUGUGUCUCACCAUCUGCUCCUCGCGUUGAAGAUGAACAAUUUGGAGCUAGUCCGGCGUGCAGUGGAAGAAACUAAGAACAUAAAUGAGUUCAUUGACGUCACUUUGCCAUACACUCCGCUCCACCUGACAAUCUUGCUAAGAUCCAGCCUGGAGAUCACCGAAUACCUCAUAGACAAAGGUGCUGACAUCAACAGCCUUUGCGGGGAGAGCCCCUACCCAAAUGUAAUGUCCAAGUGCGCACCCUUGCACUUGGCGAUCAGCAAAAAUAAAAGAAUAGAGAUUGACUACGCCGAGCUUUUAAUUCGCCGCAGUGCAGACGUCAAUAUUGUUUGCUCAGGAGGUCAAUCUGCCCUGCACCUGGCAGUCAGGAGCAAGAACCUCCAAUUGGUGAACCUGGUCCUCAGAAAUAACGCGAAUGUAAACUUGAAUUCGGAGUAUGGUUCGCCCCUGAUGGUGUUUGCGGAAAAUUUCAUACUGGGGUUGGACAAUCUGGACAUCAUGAAGCUCCUGCUGGAAUUUGGCGCUGAUGCCAAUUGUUGAGCGCGAUACCGAGGACUUUUUGGCCAAUCAUUAUUUUGAAUUUAAGGAAAAAUAUAAAGAGACGAACGUUGAAGAGUCUGAGCCAGCUGGCGUGUGAUUAUGGAUAAAGAAGAGCAGUGGGGAGGAACUGUUCCCUUUCAAAAACACAUGGGGGAUUUUGAACCCAGCGUUAUUUUAACUACGGUAUUGAUUUAAUUAACGCCCGCGAGAGAUAGAUUUUGUUGUAAGACUUGAUAGAACUUACUUUUAAU